GAAACAAUGAUAUGAGAUGAGCAGUAAAGAACACAGCCUGGCAGAAGACACUGAAAUUGAGUUUGAAAGCGGAGAUUUUGGAUUUGAACUACUGUUAAGAUGCGUACGACUGUGUUAUCUGUAGCCUUGGUGAUGCUGACAGGUCAUCUGAUAUAUGGCCUCCCUAUGCAUAACGGAAAGGUGAGAAACGGCAGAGAAGCAUCAAACAAUUGCAGCGAUAGUUGUCCAGCAGGAUUUUACAAAGAUGAUUGCAAAUGUCAUCAGUGCAACCAUGAUUUCUUCAAUAAUAGGGAAAAUGAAGACAGUUGCACCCGCUGCUUUCAGAGAUGCACACAUGAAUUCAAAAUGGAGAAGGUCAAGGAGUGCACAACCACGUCAGAUGUAGAGUGUCGCUGUCAACGUGGAUAUACAUGUGCCUCAAAAGAUCAAUACACAGGCCAGUGUGAAAGCUGUGUUCCCAACAUCACCCCAGACCCCACACCAUUACCCCAGUCCUACACCUCCACUGACAUAAGUUCCAAGGUCCCUUCAUCCACUCUUUCAUUCAAUGGCUUUACUGACAGUCCAAUGGAUUACAAAGAUUACUUGUUAUGGACUUUAUUUGGACUCAUUUCCUCAAUUCUAUCCAUCAUCAUCCUCACGCUGAUCCUCCGGUUCUGCAGUAAGAAAGAGAAGGAAUGUUUAAAGCACAUUGUCAGGCAGUGCUCAUUGGGAGCAGAUGUGGACAGUGAGGUCACGCCUCCCAGCCAACCAGAUGAGCAACCUCAUACCCAUGAAAUGUUGUCAGAUGUCUGCUCACCAACCAAUCACAACACAGACCCUUUUCAUCAGCCAGUGAGCCAAGAGCAAGCUGUUCCUCCAGCUGGUAAUUUAGGUCCUCUUCACAUCUACGGCCCCCAGACAGUCUUUGUUAGCUUGCUCAAUCAUUUUGCAGGAGAGCAAAAAGCACACGAACAGGGCGAAUCUCUAAACAGCAGUAGCAUGUCCUACCCUCAGUCUCCCCCCGUCCAUCUCUCAGAAGAAGAAAGAAGCGGAGAGGACGAUUUCAUCUUCUUUCCAUCUCAGGAGCAAGGAAAAGAGUGCCACAUUUCCAAAGAAGAGGUGCUAUGAGGAAUCACAGGAGACUUCCCGUUUCUGUUCUUUUUCCGUACUGUUCUGCUGCUGUGAGCUUUGUUCUACCUGCUGCCUCAUGAGUGUUCAGUAUUAAAACUCUAAGCUUGGCAGGGGAUUUCAUUGAGAGCAACAGAGAAAGAUCUGGCCAUCUGACUAGUAGUAUGGAUGACAAAAUUGAUGCGCAAGAGCUUGACAGUUUAUGCUAGCUUUGAAAUAUCAGUUUGUACUGUCUGUUUAUCUAUGCUGAAGUUUGUUUGAAGAGUCGAGUGCACAGGCUUUCAGGUCUUAGGUUGGAUAAGUCUCAGGAAGAAAAGAAAAAGUGGAAUCUUUUUUUCUUUUUGCUUGUUUUAAGUGUUUGAAGGCAAUAAGCAGCUCUAAGACACUCAAAAAUUCUCAUAUAUGAUAAAAUAUUUAUUUUAGUUGAAGCAUCAUGCUUGAUUUCUAAAGAGACUUAAUAUGUUUUUAAUUAUGAAGCUGGUUGUGUCUUGACAGUUAUGAUUUUUAUUUAUUUAUAGCUGUUAAACAUUGGAUUACAAUUGUGCGAAACAGUUUUUUAUGCUUGCACAAGUCCAUGGCUGAUGUUGUCAUUGUACUUCCUCUUUUCUUAAAUUAUGUGGCAGAUAUGAUUGAUCAUCAAAAAAAAAAAAAAGAAAAAUCCCUGACAUUUUGAUGGUGGUCUGAAAAUGUCAACAUUGUUUCUUCUUUCAGAACUCAAUAAUCAUGGCGCACACAGUUUAUCUUGUGUUAUGUUUGUAUUUGCUGUAACACAUUUUUAUAACCGUUAUUAAAUGUAAAGUGCAAUAUGAUGAAUAAAGUUUUAUUUUUGGUAUA